GCAGUAGCAACCGCUGCGGGUCACCAAAGGUCAGGGCUGAAGAAAUGUCGUCUGCAGAAGUCUAAUAUUUGGAUGCAAGACUAGAAGAGAUGGCAUCAUCAUCUAUUCAUCAAGACAUCAAUGUAGCUCAGAUUGCGGCAGACAUCGUGUGCGAGUUCUUGGAAGUUGCCUUUCACCAGAUCCUGUACAUCAGACAGGUGUACCCACCUGGGAUCUUCCAGAGGAGGAAGAAGUACAACAUACCUGUUCAGAUGUCGUGUCACCCAGAUGUGAACCAGUACCUACAGGACACCCUACAGACCAUCAGACCACUGGUGGAAAAGGGGGAGGUGGAAAAGGUGGUCCUGAACGUGACAAACUGCCAGGCCCGUCCCCUGGAGAGGUUCGUGUUUGAAGUCACACCUCCUGUCCAACCCUCCGUCAAUGAUGACAGCUACUUGCUGAGACUGGAGCAGGCCCUGAGGGCAUUUGUCCUGAAGAUUAACGUGUGUGACUCCAUGCUAGAUACACUUCCACAAGAUGUGACCUUCAGUAUCCAUGUCUACACACAAGACUCAGCAGCCGCAAGUUUGGAGCAGCAGCAGCUGGUACAGAAUUUCCCCUGGGUAGAGGCAGACAGUGACAGCCUGAGAAUGCCCAAUGCCAGGAUCAUUCCUCUCAAGACCAUGACUUCAAAUGUCAUCAAAAUGCAGUUGUAUGUGGAAGAGGGUGACAAGACUGGCAGAUAGCACAAGGACUACACUGUGUAUAGACUUUCCUGCAGUGCACAUAUCAUUCUUACAGUAUUGAUCUUAGUGAUCCUGCAAAAGUAGUUUUUUUACACAGAAGUACAGCUUACACAUACAUCAUUGCCUUAGAUUAUGAUGGCAUGUUUCUUAUAUGCAUUGUAUCUUAGCUACACUUUGUUUGCAAAUCGUUAACAAUUUUGUAUACAUGUAUGUAGACAUAAAAAUAAAUCUAGCAACACUGUGAUAUAUUUUGAAUGUUAAAGAUUAACAGCGUACAGAUAUUGAAGACUCUGAGGCAAGUUUGUUCAUCUUUGUUUUAAUUCUUGUAAAUUAAACCUGUGUAUGUUUGUUACUGGACUACUGAGUGCCUGUACACCCAUAAUCUGUUCUUAAGAUUGCAAUUAAAUUCGCCAUACUUUUUUUACCAGAAUGUCCAUUAAAUGAGCAUGUUAGCAGAACGAAGUGUAUCUACGCGAAACCCAGAUUUUCCAGUUUCUGUUGGAUGUUUGGUCA